CCCCGCCUCUCCUUUUCCCGGUUUCUUCUUCUCAAACCGGAGAAGGAACUGAGCCGAAUGCAGCCACAAUGCUGAGUCCGGCGCUUCUGCCACUGAUGCGGCUGGUGCGUGUGGCCACCCUGCUGCUGUCGGUUGCGAGCGUCCCCCAGGGCUCGUAUGGCACCAUCAUCCCGCUGCAAACAGUGAGGGGGGCCGUCAGGGGCCAUCUCUGACGGACAUCUUCGGUGUUUGUGGUUUGUGGUUUGUGUGCAGGUGUGGCGGUGGGUAGCCGGGUGGUGGCCGCGGGGGGAGGUCAGCAGGCCGAGCAGGAUGCAGAGGAGGCUCAUGCAGAUGAAGGCGGAUGGCAGGACGAAGGGGCCCACAUUCUUCCAGCCUAUUGCCGGUCAGCAUAUAUAAAGCCACACACAGAGCAGUGUGUGUGACUCCCUGUUGUGCUCAGAUUCCGCUCGUCCGUUUUCGUAUGACCCGACAUUUCUCGGCCCUGAUUUGACCUUCACGCCGCUGUCCCGUCCCUCGUCGUUUGCCUGCCGCAAUGACUGCCGUGCGUUCAGUACCUGCACCUACUUUGUGUUCGACACAGCGAAACAGUUGUGUUGGUUCAAGAGUGACAAGACGGGCGAGAUUGGGAGGGCCGGGAUGGUCUCGGGAGACGCCAACACAGGUGUGCAUGGGAUGCAUAGGUGCCCGAGUGAUUCACUGCUCUCUCCGUCUGCCUUUCCCAGCGGAUACGUGUUUUGAGUAUGACACUGUUUAUCACGGCGAUGAGCUGCCCUUUUCCCCAGGGAGCCUCCCCUCCCCCCUGUCGCCCUACGCGUGCCAGCAGGCCUGUGGGGCCUCGCCCCUCUGCCAGCACUUUACUACUUUUCACAUGACCUCCGGACACAAUAGUAAUAGUGGCAAUGUGACGAGGGCGUGCCACUUGUUGAAGACCAGGGACGAGGGGAAGUCCAUGACACUGCUAGAGGCCGUGUCUGGGCCCAAAAAAUGUCCAGGUACGGACACCGGCAGCCCGACUGAUGUCAGCCUGCAACCACCAUUGUGUCCUCUUGUGUCACAGGAAUCGUAUUAUCGCAUAUGGAACAGGAGCCCGUGGUCGUCAAUGCAUCGUCACGAGAAGCCCUGGAAGGGGAGGCAUCAGAGAGCAGUGACGAGGGGUUUGGAGAGUGUGUGACGGAUCGCAUGUGUGGGAAUCGCAUCAAGUGGGAAAGGGAGCUGGGCAUACCCAGGAGGUGGACCGCAUCGGACUUCCCACCUGGACUUGAGGCCUUCGGUGGCACGGUGAGGAGAGAAAGACCCAGAGACACGACUGACGGAGGGCAUAUCGGUGUGUCCUCUUGCAGUACCACAUGGUUCUGUACAACACUGAUUUGCUGAGUGGCGAGGAGCCGUGCGCACCGGACUUCACAUUCUACUUCUGCAAAGAUGGACUCUACCAUGUAAACACCACCACUUAUCCCUGAUGAUGCCAUGUCUCCCGUCUCACAUCAGCUGAACCAGACCGCCGCCCACCUGUAUUGCGGCGUCGAGGGCAGCGAGUCAAUCACGCCAGGAUUCGCCGUCAGAUUCGCGCCAUGCAGAGUGUAACUCAGGCCACAUACAUGCCCAUGACACUGAUGGUCUCUGUCUCUGCGAAUCUGCGUAUGUGUCUCGGCGUUCCUCAGCUGUCGUCAGAAGAACUGGUCAUCCUGUUACGAUUGGGGCCACUGCGCUCAAGAGGUCGCAGCUUAUCAGGGCGGGGGCCACUGCGCUGGCCACCAUGAAGUCAUACACCUGCAAGGGCGACCUCAAGGCGAUGGGCAAGCUGUGUGACGCGUACGCCGGGGAGGUCUUUUGCUGGGGCAUCGACAGCAACCUUAUUGAAUACGGUGGGUGAAGUGGAUAGACAGGCGCGCCAUGACAAGACACUUGCUGGAGUCGGUGCGUUUUGCAGAUCCGCUCGACCAGGGAGACGCAAGUGAGGAGCCUGCAUGGCACUGCGAUAACACCUGUCUGUCUGUCUGCGGUGCUUUCUUGCCUGCAGUAGAGCGCACCAAAGCGGUGUGCGCUCGCGCAUGUGCCCUCAAAUUCUAUGGCGGGGCACACCGCUGCCAAGUGAGUUCAGAGGGAGGGGAAACAGACAAGAGGCGGUGAGUGAGAGAUGCCGGCGUAUUGUGUGAUCUGCAGGGAUUUUUGUGGCAGCGUGAGCACAGCUACUGCAUCCUUGCGCAGGACAAAGAGGUCACAUCGCCGAGGGCAGUCGACAAAAUGGAGGAGAGAAACAUGGACUUCUAUGAAAAAGGUCCACACGCUGAGAUGGCCACCCAACGAGCCGAAGAUCUCUCUCUCUCUCUCUCUCUGUGUGUGUGUGUGUCAGUGUGUGAUGCGGGUCGGCAGCUGGAUCGUCCGUUGAGGGGUCUGCGCAUCCACCCAGCCGACAGGUGGAAAUUCUUCAAACAGCUGCAGCAAGAGGUGAGAAAACACGAAAGACAUGGUGAGACACAGACAGACAGACAGACAGAUAGACAAGUGUGAUACUUACUGUGUGUCUGUGCUGGCCAGGACGUAUCACGGAAGGAGUGCCAGUCGAUAUGUUGCGAGCAUCCCCUCUGCCGCGUGUGGCUUUACAACAAGAGAGCCAACCAGUGUUUUCUCCGUAAGCAAGCCAGGCCACCGUCUGCGUGUCUCACCUCUCAGCUCACCUCUUUGUCUGAUUCUCCCACAGGCCACGCGCGUGCAGCCGGCCCCCGCAUCAGCGAUGACCCACACGACGAGGAUCUCUGGUUCUGCGCGGAGGCCAACCUGCCGCCUUCACACGACCGUCCUCGUGGGCAGCACAGACGUCCCCUGCUGCCCCCGUCUUUCCCCUCCCUGUGGCAGUACGAUAGAGAUUGGGUGGGUGGCGUGUUUGCACACAAGGCCUUCUUCAGCCGGCCGCAGGGGGCCGCUGCGGGAGGGAGGUGCAGCGUGUCGCUAGGGUGGUGAGACGUGAAUGCAUUUGUGUCGCUGUGUGUGUAUGUGUCUGUGCGUGUGAGGCGUGUGCAUGUGGAUGGACUUUUGGAGAGUCCUACUAAGUCCUAUACUAGAAAGGAUUCGGCAGU